AUGUACCCUGCUUCUUUCGGAAUUAUUGAACGUAUUUUCCUUCAUUUUUGUUACGCUUAUUUCUUUCUUUUUUUCUUUUCUUUCGUUCACUUUUGUCCUUUUAUUUCUUCCUACACUCAUUUUUUCUUCCAAUAUCUUUCAGUUUUCAUUUAUUUAAUUUAUUUUCAUCUAUUUUUCAUAACCGCCCAUUUUUCUUUUCUAUCGUGCCAACCUUUGAACUUCAAUGUUUCGUUGACUCUUUCAUUCAUUUCUCUCGUUUCUCAUUGUUUCCAUCUCUUUCGCUAUCGUUUUACUUUUUUUCUUUUAUUCUUAUUUUUAUUUCUUUUUCCUUUUAUUUUUCAUCCAUUUUCUCAUUUUUUUCUGUUUGUCAUUUCUAUGUUUUUUGUCUUUUUUUUCAUUUUUCUCUACUUUCUUUUCCUUUCAUUUGUCUUUCCUUUCUAUUUUUUGUUCUUUACUUUGGCUUUUCUUUCUAUUUUCUUUUUCUUUCUUUAUCCCAUUUCCCUUCUUUCUUUCUUUUUAUUUUCUCUUUCAUUUCUUUCUUUUCUCUUUUGUUCUUUUAAUCUUGUCUUUCCAUUCUCUUUCCUUUCUUUUCCCUUUCCUUCCUUUUCUUCUUCUUCUCUCUCUCACUUUUCCUUCCGUUCUCAUCACACUUCUUUCUUUUCUUCUCUUUUAUAUAUUUUCAUUUCUUUCCUUUUUUUUUCAAAACCUUUUCAUUUUCUUUCUUUUCUUUUUGUUCCUUUCACGUUUCCUUCUUUUUUUUCCCAUUAUUUUCAUCUUUCUUUUGCUUAUUAUUUUUUAUUUCCUUUGUUUUUUUCCUUCUUUUUUCUCUUUGCUUUCUAUGCUUCUAUGGUUUUCUCAUUAUUACUCACUAAUCUCUCACGUGACUAA